CAGGAAGAAGGCUAUUUUGGCUACCAUCUCGACCAGCGAGGCGACCCAGAAUCCGCCGUGUACGAGACAGCAAACACAAACACAGAUGUCAGCACGGUCCUUCCGUCUGAGCCUGAUGUGUUCCUCAACGCGUCUGUAUCCGUUGGCGAGAUCGAUAUCGAGGUCGACAAUAUCACCGCCAAGGUCAACCUCCAGGCGGAUGUCUUGAACCUGCUCCACUUCAGCGCUGGUGUUGAUGCAUCCAUCGACAGCGUCAGGCUGACGAUCCAGAAUAUCUCGGCCAAGGUCCUGCUGGAGGCACGUCUAGAGAAUGUUGUACAGAUGAUCAGCGAUGUCUUAGACUCCAUUGAUCUCAACCCCGUCAUCGCCACUCUCGGGGAAGACGUGGGCCAGGUUGUCAACAGCACCGUCGGCACCCUGACGGGAACAUCAUCCAGCAACAGCAGUGCUACGAAGCGAAGUCUCGACACGCAGAACGUCCUCUACAGCAUCAACAAUUACUCGGGCAACACACACACCAAUCGGGUGCUGGGCCAGGACGGCAACAUCUACGACGUCAAGCUUAACAACGACGGCGACGAGCAGAGCCGCACUUUGGUGGGGUCGUACGCCACGGAUAUGACCUUCACCGGCCAUAACCACACCAUCAGCGUGAACGGCAUGGUGCGCGAGUUUGAAUUGCAGUACAAUUAUACGCCGCUGCCCGGCGUUGAGGCUGUCUGCUGGAUCUAUGUCACUACUGGAGGUAAGGUGGUGCGGACGCAGGUCAUUGCCGAGGCGUUUGGAGGAGGCUCAAGUACUAUUAGUGACGAUACG